AUGUCGGACAACAAGUGUACCUUCAACUUGAACGAAAAUGACCCCGCUUUGAUGACCUACGCCCCACCUGAUCCGUUGAGUGCUGGUGCUCAUGUUAAGGAUCUUCCCGGCUAUCUGAAGCUGUACGACCGGUCGGUUCGUGACGAUGACUUCUGGCACGGAAUCGCCCGUGAACUGUACUUUGAAGAGUUUUCCGGAAGAGGUCUGGAGUACAAUUUUGACAUUCGCAAGGGACCCGUCUACACCAAGUUUAUGGCCGGGUCCAAAACUAACUUGGCCUAUAAUUGUUUGGAGAGAAUCAUCCAAUCAGGGCGUGGCCAGAAGAUCGCUUACCGAUGGGAAGGUGAGGUUUAUUGAUUUUGAUGGUUGACUUGGCUUUUUGAAUUUGACUUUGAACUAUAUUUCAAAGUUUUGAAGAAAAAGGCACAAAAAUUUGUAUCUAACGCAAUAUAAUUUGAUAACUCAAUAUAAUCCAUCAAUUUACAGGAAACGAACCCACCGACCAGACCCAAAUCACCUAUGAAGAACUGUACCGCCAAGUGAAAGCCUUCGCCGCCGCCCUCCGCUCUCGCGGUGUUCGCAAAGGCGACACUGUAGCCAUCUACCUGCCCAUGAUCCUCGAACUUCCCGUAGCCAUGUUGGCUUGUGCCAGAAUCGGCGCUCCCCAUACUGUGAUCUUUGCCGGCUUUGCGUCUGAAUCCCUGGCUGAACGUAUGAUCCAAGCCAAAACCCGCUGCAUCAUCACGGCCGAUGCUUUUGGCCGAGGUGGAGCCAAAGUGGUACCCUUGAAGAAUAUGGCCGAUGUGGCUGUGAAUAUCUGUAGAAAGAGAGGAUUGGAUGUUCAUACUCAGGUAAGAGGGAGAGCUUUAGAAAAAAAGUUAUACCAAAAAAGAAGUUAUCCCAUCUACAUUACUAUUUAAGCACCAUACUAUACAAUUGACCAUUACCUUUGUCCUCAUUGAUUAUCAAUUAUGAAAUUUUGCCAUUUCAGGUAUUAGUCGAACAUAUUCAUCGUGUCAAAAUCCCCGGCAACCAAUCCCCACCUAAAUUCGAAUACCACCCAAUCGAUGUGAAGUACGCGGAGCUGGUACAACAACAUCAAAACUCGGAAUCACCGGUCGAAUGGGUCGAAGCCGAAGACCCACUAUUCAUCCUCUACACUUCUGGAUCCACUGGACAACCCAAGGGUAUCGUACAUACCACCGCCGGCUACAUGACAUACGCUUAUGCCACGACCAAAUACGACUUUGAUGCUCAAGAAGAUGAUGUGUACUGGUGCACCGCCGAUGGUGGAUGGAUCACUGGACACACUUACUUGGUUUAUGGCCCAUUGUUGAAUGGAUUGACCUCCAUCUUCUUCGAAGGCAUCCCAACCUACCCGACGGCCGCUAGAACUUGGCAGGUGGUGGAGAAGUAUCAGGUAAGGAUAAUAUAAGGUGAAAUUGCGAAUUGUAGGAUUGUAAGAUUUCAGGACGUAUUUUACUAUUAAAAAAGGAUUCAUUAGCUAAAAAAAUUUUUUUUAUAACUUUUGAUUAAAUCAAGGAAGACUAUAGGAUGCAGGCUGGGAUAACGGCUUGCUGCAGCCUGCGGAACUAAGUUAUACGAUGGAAGGUGUCCAAGUGGUAGUGAUUUUACUUAAAAAGAUAUUUUUGAGAAAAAAGGGUUUUAAUAGUAAUAAAAACAGUUGUUUUGAACAUUUAUAUUGUUUGACACAAAAAAUAUUUUAAAAAAUUCAAAAAUCUUAAUUUUAGGUAACAAAACUGUACACCUCCCCAACAGCCGUCCGCUCCCUGAUGGGCUUCCCAGACAACCUGGUAAAAGAUCACGAUCGCCGCUCAUUGAAAGUCAUUGGCACGGUCGGUGAACCAAUCAACCCCCAGGCGUGGCUAUGGCUCUACGAAUUUGUGGGCGAAAAGCGAUGUGCCAUCAUUGACACAUACUGGCAAACCGAAACCGGAGGUCAUGUCAUCACAGCCAUCCCAGGCGCCGUCCCAACCAAACCAGGCUCGGCUUCGCUGCCGUUCUUCGGCGUAAGACCGGUCUUGUUGGACAAUGAUGGAUGUGUGAUCGAGGGACCGGGAGAGGGCAAUUUGGUAAGGUUUGGGGGUGGAUUUGAUGAGGGGAGGAGUAAAGUUUUAUUUUGGAUCAAAAGGGGUGUUUUGAGUUAAAAAAAAUUAUUGUUUUUGGCAUAGAAAAAGCUAAAUUUUUGCGAUUUUGCACUAAAAUUUGGUCUUUUUACCUCUAAAAAUGUCAUUAUAAAAAUUACCCUUACUGAAUUUGCAGUAUAUAAUCAUCCUUCUUUUAGUGCUUCACCGGCCCAUGGCCAGGAAUAUCUCGUACCGUCCUCGGCGAUCACGAACGCUUCGAAAAGACCUACUACAAGCCCUUCCCAGGCUACUACUUUACCGGAGAUGGUUGUCGUCGCGACGCCGAUGGCUACUACUGGAUCACCGGUCGUGUAGACGACCUCAUGAACGUAUCCGGUCAUUUACUGUCAACAGCCGAAAUCGAAAGUGCCAUCGCGGCCCACCCCGACGUGGUCGAAUGUGCUGUGGUCGCGGCCGAGCACGCCGUGAAGGGUCACUCACCAUACGCCUUUGUCAUCAUGAGGAAGGACCGAAAACUGACGGAAAGCGUCGUCAGCGAGCUGAAGGCGGUAGUUCGUGAGAAAAUCGGCCCAAUCGCCGUGCCAGACAAGAUUCAGCUCAGCCCGGGUCUACCUAAAACAAGAUCAGGCAAGGUGACGAGAAGAAUCCUGAGAAAGAUCGCCGAAGGCGAUGCCAACGCUGAUCUGGGUGACAUGACAACACUGGUCGACAGCACCAUCAUCGAUGAUCUGUGGAGAGGAAGAAAGGUCCCGGUUCGUACUGGUUAA